GCCCGUCUCUCUCUUCUUCUCUCGCCUAAUAACACUACCACACACUUUCACGCCUUUCACAUCCUUUCUCUACCCAAUUUUUUUUUCUUUUUUGCUCUCUCAGUUUAAUUUUUCUUCUUCUUCUUCUCUGUAAUCAAUCUAUGUUCUCGCGCUUAUCGCCAUAGCUCCUCCUUUGCUGUACAGUUAAACUUAAGGUGAAAAAAAUUUUCGUUUAAUUUUUUUUUUGGCUCGAAAGAAAACGAUGAAUCACUGGGCUGUCCAACCAAACGCUUUCGCCGCCGGAGGAGAUUUGAGAAGCUCCGUUUCGGUGGUGGAAAGAGAUCAGACUGUUGUUGUUUGCCCAAAACCACGUCGUAUUGGUCUCCGUAACCCUUCUGUCUACGAACAACACCAUCCCUCUCGGUCUCUGCGUUGUUACUUCAGCCACCAAGUGGAGCUAAGUGAAUCCAAGGCAGAGACUGAUAUCUUAGAUAUCAUACUGACCAAGGAUGGUUAUGGUUCAGAACAAGUUCAUACGACGCAGGUAUUAGACUCGCCGUCCCCGUUUUUAUGUGGGUCGCCGCCGAGCAGAGUCGCUAACCCAUUAACACAGGAUGCUCGAUUCAGAGAUGAGAUCUCUUCUUCUUCUUCUUCUUCUUCUUCUUCACCGAUGAUCUCGGCUCCGCUGGGCUUACCUCCGUCGUCUCCAUCUUCCUCAGGGAGGAAAGUUGGUUGCGUCAGGGGCAAUUUUGGUAACAGCCCAGCGGUUAGGAUCGAAGGGUUUGAUUGCCUUGACAGGGACAGUAGAAACUGCAGCAUCCCUGCCUUGGCUUAGGAGACCACCAAAACACUCCACAUAUAUUCUCUAUUGAAUAAACUUCACAGAAACCAAAUUAAGUACAUAAAAAAAGUGUUGUUGAGGAGAAUAGAGAUUUUGUGUGGGGCAAUCUUUGAGGCUUUUAAGAGGAGUAAGAGCACGAGAGAUCGAUCCUUUGGAGUUUGGUUUUUUUUUCUUUUUUUCUUAAUUAAGAGUGUAAAUAGGUGAUCGAGCAAUUUUCUGGGUUUAAAGUAUGUGUAGUGUUUUGUGAAAAAUGAGUUGUUGAGUUAAGGGAAAAUAAAAAGGUUUAGGUUAUAUUUGGAAGGUUCAGGUUUUUCUUCUAUGUGUAAAGAGAGAUGGAGAUAGAAAAGAAGGGUAUUUUGGAUAUUUUUCGUUUUAGGUUUUUUUUCCUGAGAGUUGGUUACGAAGAUGAGAAAACAAAAUUUGUACAAAAGGAAAGAAAUUCAAAUGAUAAUUUACUUUGAAAUGAAA